UAAACCCAAAACCCAUUUACAUUUUUGACCCGACCCACCAAAAUCAAUCCAUAUAAACCUAAACCUUUCUUAACCCUAGCUCUCACUCUUUCAUCACUCUCGCUCGCUCGCAGAAAGAGAUCCGCCUUCCUCAACAAUGGUUUACGUUAAGGCUCAGAAAUCUAAGGCUUACUUCAAGAGGUACCAAGUCAAGUUCAAGAGAAGAAGAGAGGGUAAGACUGAUUACCGUGCUAGGAUUCGGUUGAUUAAUCAAGAUAAGAACAAGUACAACACCCCGAAGUAUCGAUUUGUUGUUCGAUUCACCAACAAAGAUAUUAUUGCACAAAUAGUAUCUGCUAGCAUUGCUGGUGAUAUUGUUCUUGCUGCUGCAUAUGCUCAUGAGCUGCCACACUUUGGUCUUGAAGUAGGCCUUACAAAUUAUGCUGCAGCUUACUGCACUGGACUCCUCUUGGCCCGUCGAGUUCUCAAGACACUUGAGAUGGACGAGGAGUAUGAGGGGAAUGUUGAGGCUAGUGGAGAGGAUUAUUCAGUGGAGCCUGCUGACUCCAGGAGGCCAUUCCGUGCUCUCCUCGAUGUUGGUCUUGUCAAGACCACAACUGGAAACCGUGUCUUUGGUGCCCUGAAGGGAGCACUGGACGGGGGUUUGGAUAUUCCCCACAGUGACAAACGGUUUGCUGGUUUUGACAAGGAAAAGAAAGAGCUUGAUGCUGAGGUUCACCGCAAAUAUAUCUUUGGUGGACAUGUUGCUGCUUACAUGAAGACUUUGAUUGAAGAUGAACCAGAGAAAUACCAGACCCACUUUAGCGAGUAUAUUAAGAAAGGAAUUGAGGCUGAUGGUCUUGAGGAGCUGUACAAGAAGGUUCAUUCUAACAUUCGUGCAGAUCCUUCCAUUAAGAAAUCAGAGAAGCAGCCUCCAAAGGAGCACAAGAGGUUUAAUCUGAAGAAGCUUACCUACGAGGAGAGGAAAUCCAAGUUGAUUGCACGCUUGACAGCUCUUAAUGCUGCUGUUGGUGAUGAUGAUGAGGACGAUGAUGAGUGAAAAUUGUUGUUUAUGCAGCAGCUGAAGUGAUGGAUAUCUAGAACUUUUUAUGAAUUUGCAUUUUUUUUUUUUUUUUUUUUUUUUGACAAACAACAACUUAUACCAUUUCAUUAUUCAAAAUAGAAGUAAUACAAGGAGGUAACAUCUCAAGACUAUAGUGACAAGGCCACGAAAUGGCCGCUUUCGCAAGCGUAUGGGCAGCCAUGUUCGCUUGUCGCUUAAUAAACUUUACCACAAAGUUUGGAUUCA